AUGGGCCAUAACCCAAGUAUCAACACAGCCAAUGAAACCGGUGUAAAUAAAGCUCAAUAUCAAAAUGAGACAGAGCUUUUAGAAUCAAUGGGCUAUAAACAAUUAUGGGGUGAUGCUAUGCUUGCUGCUGGAUCAAUUGCUGUUAUUUGGGGCUGGAUCCUUGUAUCUGUCUUUACCUUUAUUGUUGGUCUUUCUUUAGCAGAAAUUUGUUCUGCUUAUCCUAUUACAGGUGGUCUUUAUAUUUGGGUUUCUAAGCUUGCUCCUUCUGAAUGGGUUCCUCUAAUGUGUUGGUUAACUGGUUGGUGCAAUUGGCUAGGAUUAGUAAUUGCUAUAACUUCUGCUGAUCUUGGUCUUUCACAAUUUAUUGCGUCUAUCAUUCAUAUCAGUGAUUCAAAUAAUGAUCCAAGUAUCUAUUGGCAAUAUAGUAUUUUUAUUGUUAUUGCUAUAGUUCAUGGUAUUAUCAAUUCAGUCAGUGUUAAAUAUAAUGGAUUCUUUAAUCAGACUUCUCUUUAUUGGCAUCUUAUUGGCACUCUUAUCAUUGUUAUCGUUGGACUCGUUUUAACUCCCAACAAAGCAAGUGGAAAAUGGGUGUUUACCUACUUUCAUAAUGAGACUGGUUUCUCCUCAGGGGUCUAUGCUUUUUUAAUUGGUCUUUUACAAUCUCAAUAUACACUUUCUGGUUUUGAUAGUGCUGCUCAUAUGUCGGACGAAACUCGUGAUGCAGGACGUAGUGCGCCUCGUGGUAUACUUUAUGCUAUUGGAGCUGCAGCUGUUGUAGGAUUCAUUUUUUUAUUGUCUGUUAAUUUUUGUGUACAGGACUAUCAAUCACAAAUUAUCGAUACCACCAUUAGUCCCACUAUGACCAAGAUCUUUUUAGAUGGUGUUGGAUACCGAUGGACAGUUGUCUUUACGACCAUCAUCAUGGGGGCCAUGUUUUUCUCCGGCUCUGCUUUAACGUUAGGUAGUUCAAGAAUGGUCUAUGCCUUUGCUAGAGAUGGAGCUGUACCCUUUUCCAAGUAUCUUUCAAGAAUUAACCCCAAGACGAUGACACCUAUCUAUGCAGUCUGGUUUAAUAUUAUCUUUGCUAUCCUCGUCGGUCUACUCUAUAUUAUCAAUGAAACUGCCUUUAAUGCCAUCGUCUCCGUCAAUACCAUUGCUUCCUCUAUGGCUUAUUUUAUUCCAAUCGCUCUUAGAUUGACAGUCGCCCGAAAAUCCUUUAUUCCAGGUCCCUUUCAUCUAGGCCCCUUCUCAGACGUGAUUAAUGUAAUUAGUUUGUGUUGGAUCUUGUUGACCUCCAUUUUAUUUGUUUGUCCUACGGAAUAUCCUGUUACACCUGAUAACAUGAAUUAUGCUAUUGUUGUCUUUGUAGGUGUGAUAGGUGCAUCUGUUCUUUACUACUAUUUCAAGGCUCGUGAAUGGUUCCAUGGACCUGGUAAAAGGGGCAUCGUAGGGGAAGCAUAUCAUCAUCAUCAUCAUGAUCAUUCUCGAUCAGAUCAUUUCUCUAUAGAGACUACUACUGCUGCUACUACUACUACUACGGUAGAUUUAAACAAAAAGAAUUUUGAAACCCUUAAUCAAAGCCAAACUUGUAAUAGCUAUCAUACUUUUAAAAAGACAUUUCAAAUCAAUGAAGUUGAGCGUCUUUCCUAG